GUCUAGAACACUGAACCUUCAGUACCACUUUGAUGCAGCUGAUGAGGAGUGAUGGUCAUGGGUGUUUAAAUUGAAUGGGUUCUAAUUGAAUAACAUCAUGGAACUUUGACCUGUAUAUACAGAACUCAGAAGGGCAAGGUAGGUCAUUAAAAUGUUAAUGUUAUAAAUAGUUUAGUCAACACAUUGUUUACAUGGUUCGGUAUGUAGUAUAAAAGACCACAGUGAAAAUUGACACAUUUUUUAAAUUAAAUAAAUAUAUGCCCAGACUUGUCUUUUACACAAUUUCUGUUCUAUUACAGUAACAGCCCUUUUCUGGCGUGUUGGUCUGGUUGUCGUGGAUGUUAAUGUCUUUACUAAACAGGAAGGACAGUUCUGCAUCCACUACUUGUGUUCUGACUGCUUUUAUAAUGUGUCAACACUUACUUCUUGUUUUCACUCACUACCAGACAGUUGACUCACUGUACAAGACCUCUCCUCUUCACUUCACUCUGGAACUACUCUUGACAAUAUCUUGAAAUAUAGUUUUUGGUUAUUUGUUUUUAGUCAUAAGUCAAAAACUUGAGGACUGCAGGGUGGGAGAUGCAACAAUGGCCUUGAGAACAGCAGGAAGUGUGUUGGUGGUCUUUCUCUGGUCUGUGACAGUGGUACUGGGUCAGGAUGGCUGGAGUGUUACAUACACCACUCAGAGUAUCUGUACCUUGAAGGGGUCAACAGUGGAUCUGUUCUGCUCUUACACAUAUCCCAGAGGUAAAGUCACAACAACCUUCUGGUUCACUGAAUGGGGGACUGGUGUAGAACCUGAAGAUCUAGUUCAGAACCCAGAGUAUGCAGGUCGUCUGGAGUAUCAUGGAGAUAAGAAGAAAGACUGUACCCUGAAAAUCACAGACCUGAGAGAGAGAGACUCAGCUACGUACAAGUUCAGAUUAUUAACAGAUCAGGAAGGAGGGAAAUAUUCUGGAAGUCCUGGAGUCACUCUGUCUGUCACAGGUCUUCAGGUGAAGGUGACUGGUGGACAUCAGUAUAAGACACUGACCUGUAUCACCACCUGUACUCUGACUGACAACCCCACCUACAUCUGGUACAAGAACGGACAACAUCUAGAUGAGAGCACCUCCCCCCAGUACAAAUACUCAGUCUCCAAUGACUAUGAUGCCAGUUAUUCCUGUGCUGUAAAAGGCCAUGAGGACCUCCACUCUCCUGCAGUGUGUGUUCAGGGUCAGAGCUGCAACAGAGUGACUUACACCAAGAGGAGAAUCUGUGUCUUGAAGGGGUCAACAGUGGACAUAUCCUGUACUGUUGGUUAUUAUUCCACCACAUCAUCAUUCUGGUUUAGAAGUGAUAAGUCGACCCCUGAAGACCUAACCACUGACCCAGGGUAUGCAGGUCGUGUGGAGUACACUGGAACAUACAGAGGUCCCUUCACCCUGAGAAUCACAGAUCUGAAAGAGGAGGACUCAGCUGAGUAUCGCUUCACUUUUAAAACAGACAACUUUGACUGGGGUCAUAGUUUCCCAGGAACAACUCUGUCUGUCACAGGUCUGCAGGUGAAGGUGACUCCUGCUGCAGAGGGACAGAAGACACUGACCUGUAUCACCACCUGUACUCUGACUGACAACCCCACCUACAUCUGGUACAAGAACGGACAACGUCUAGAUGAGAGCACCUCCCCCCAGUACAAAGACCCAGUCUCCAGUGACUAUGUAGACAGUUACUCCUGUGCUGUAAAAGGCCAUGAGGAUCUCCUCUCUCCUGCAGUUUGUGUUCAGGGUCAGAUCUGCAACAGAGUGACUUACACCAAGAGGAGAAUCUGUGUCUUGAAGGGGUCAACAGUGGACAUAUUCUGUACUUAUGUUGGUUAUUAUUCCACCACAUCAUCAUUCUGGUUUAGAAGUGAUAAGUCGACCCCUGAAGACCUAACCACUGACCCAGGGUAUGUAGGUCGUGUGGAGUACACUGACAAAGAGACAUGGAGAUAUGAAGGUCCCUGCACCCUGAGAAUCACAGAUCUGAGAGAGGAGGACUCAGCUGAGUAUCGCUUCACUUUUAAAGCAAACAACUUUGAAUGGGGUCAUAGUUUACCAGGAACAACUCUGUCUGUCACAGGUCUGCAGGUGAAGGUGACUCCUGCUGCAGAGGGACAGAAGACACUGACCUGUAUCACCACCUGUACUCUGACUGACAACCCCACCUACAUCUGGUACAAGAACGGACAACGUCUAGAUGAGCCCACUUCCCAACAAUACUCUAGUAAUAUCCUAGUAGUGUUGGGUCAUUCUGUGGACAGUUACUCCUGUGCUGUAGAACACCAUGAGGACCUCCACUCUCCUGCAGUGUGUGAGUAUGAAUUAAACUACUAUUCUACUUAGAAAGUAUCAAUCAUU